CGUCUGGGCGACGGAGAGGAAAAAGAGAAGGGGUGUUGGGCCUGGCGGGCUAACCCGGGCUGGGGCCGGCUGGGCGGUUUCGCGGGGCGGUGUCCGGAGAGCUGCGGGGGCCCCGGGCGCCCAGGGUUCACGCCACACUCCUAGGGGGGUGCCUGAACGAGCGGGCCGGCGGGGAGGAGCGGCCAGCGAGCUCCGCAAGCCGGGACCAUGGGGUGCUUCUUCUCCAACAGGCGGAAGGCUGAGAAGGAGUCGCAGCCCGAGGCCGGGGAGGAGCGGCCGAAGCAGUACAGCUGGGACCAGCGCGAGAAGGUUGAUCCCAAAGACUACAUGUUCAGUGGCCUGAAGGAUGAAACAGUCGGUCGCCUACCUGGCCAAGUGGCAGGACAACAGUUUCUCAUUCAAGACUGUGAGAACUGUAACAUCUAUAUCUUUGAUCACUCUGCUACAGUCACUAUCGAUGACUGUACUAACUGCGUCAUUUUUCUGGGACCUGUGAAAGGCAGUGUGUUUUUCCGGAAUUGCAGAGAUUGCAAGUGCACGUUAGCCUGCCAGCAGUUUCGUGUGAGGGAUUGUAGAAAGCUGGAAGUAUUUUUGUGCUGUGCCACUCAGCCCAUCAUCGAGUCUUCCACAAACAUCAAGUUUGGCUGCUUCCAGUGGUACUACCCUGAAUUAGCCUUCCAGUUCAAAGAUGCAGGGCUGAGUAUCUUCAAUAACACCUGGAGCAACAUUCAUGACUUCACACCGGUGUCAGGAGAACUCAACUGGAGCCUUCUUCCAGAGGAUGCUGUGGUUCAAGACCAUGUUCCUCUGCCUACUACCGAAGAGCUCAAAGCUGUCCGCGUGGCCACAGAAGCCAAUAGAAGUAUCAUUCCGGUAUCUCGGGGUCAGAGACCGAAGAGCAGUGAUGAGUCAUGCUUAGUGGUAUUAUUUGCUGGUGAUUACACUAUCGCAAAUGCCAGAAAACUAAUUGAUGAGAUGGUCGGUAAAGGCUUUUUCCUAGUUCAGACAAAGGAAGUGUCAAUGAAAGCCGAGGAUGCUCAAAGGGUUUUUGGGGAAAAAGCACCUGACUUCCUUCCUCUUCUGAACAAAGGUCCUGUUAUUGCCUUGGAGUUUAAUGGAGAUGGAGCUGUAGAAGGAUGCCAACUUAUUGUCAAUGAGAUAUUCAAUGGGACCAAGAUGUUUGUAUCAGAAAGCAAGGAGACAGCAUCUGGAGAUGUAGACAGCUUCUACAACUUCGCUGACAUACAGAUGGGAAUAUGAAGUGCAAUGUGGGACCAAGGACUUGGUUUAUUCAAAUGGACCUUAUGUACCAAAUUUACCAGCCAUUUAUACCCAACUUCUCCCUCUCCUAGCCCAUAAAUCAGAAGAACUGAAACUGCAGAAUGGUUAGUUUUUUAAAUAAAAUCAGAAAUACUGAAACUA